CACACACAAAACACGGCUCCGCUGCUUUGAAUGUUUUUUAAAGCUGCUCGGUGCUUCUCAGCUCACCUGCACACGAGGAUGCCCGCACAAAAUAUAUCAACUGCAAAAGAAGUUUAAGAGACUAUGACCGAGUUGGCGGAUUCAGGCGCCGGAUCUGGACGUAGGCUGCGCACCAUCUGCCGGAGGAUGUACGGCGAAGACGAAGAUCUGUCAGAGGUUGAAGAAAUGGCAAACAUCCGAGAUUUCAGCCUGGAGGAAAAGCUUGCCAGUGACAGCUACACGGGAGACUUUGUCCGCUCCAUGGAGGGCAGAGACUUCACUUAUGAAUAUGUGCAGAGGGAGGCCCUCAGGACCCCCCUCAUAUUUAAAGAGAAAGAUGAAUUAGGGAUCAGAAUGCCUGAUCCAGAGUUUACAGUCAGUGACAUUAAAGGAUUAGUGGGCAGUCGGCGCUCUGUGGAUGUUAUGGACGUGAGUACUCAAAGAGGCUCUGAAAUGAGCAUGGCUCAGUUUGUCCGUUACUAUGAGACACCAGAAAAAGAGCGCAACAAACUCUUCAAUGUCAUCAGCUUAGAGUUCAGCCACACUAAGCUGGCGAACCUCAUCAAGCGACCAACAGUGGUGGACCAGGUUGACUGGGUGGACAACAUGUGGCCUCCUAAUCUGAAACAAAGCCAAACAGAAACCACCAACAUUAUUUCACAGAUGAAGUACCCUAAAGUGCAAAGGUAUUGUUUGAUGAGUGUAAAGGGCUGUUACACAGACUUCCACAUUGAUUUUGGGGGAACCUCCGUUUGGUAUCACCUAUUUAAGGGACAGAAAGUGUUCUGGCUUGUGCCUCCAACACCCCAUAACCUUGCACUGUAUGAGGACUGGGUCCUGUCAAGCAAACAGAGUGAUGUCUUCCUAGGAGACCUGGCCCAUGGAUGCCAGAGAGUAGAACUCAAACAAGGAUACACUUUUUUCAUCCCAUCUGGUUGGAUUCAUGCUGUCUACACUCCUGUCGAUACACUGGUGUUUGGAGGCAACAUUCUGCACAGCUUUAACAUUCCUAUGCAGCUUACCAUCCACGAGAUAGAGAACAGGACUAAGGUUCCUUCCAAAUUCCGCUUUCCUUUUUACUAUGAGAUGUGCUGGUAUGUCCUGGAGAGAUACUUGCACUAUCUGACCAAACAGUCCUACCUUACUAAGGAGAUCCCUAAAGAGCAUAUGGACUCCAGGAGUCAGGACAGCUCCUGGUCACGUUAUGGCAGGAAGAGCCCGCUCCUCAAAUCUGCCAUUGACUCUGAAAACAGCUCCACAUCUCUAGAUUUCCCCAAAACCCCCCCUGAAUCUCCAUCCUCUGAAUGUCAGAGUAAAUGGACUCAUUUGACAGAGUUUGAACUGACUGGACUCAAGAAACUGGUUGAGAAGCUGGAGUCUCUCCCUGAAAAUAAGAAAAGCGUUCCUUUGGGAAUUGAAAACCCUCAAGCUCUUCUUGAGCAUAUAAAGGUUAUGCUAAAAGAACAUGCUGAUGAUGAUCCUGAAUUAGCAAUUACUGGACUUCCUGUGGUGUACGUGCCUAAGAAAACCGCAAAGCCCCGGCCUCCCAACUGGCCGAAACCUAAGGUGGCAACAUCUCCUGUAUCAGCAGUCAAGCUGACAGCCAGUCGGGGAACAUCUGGUGCCAGGAGAAGAAGAACGCGCUGUCGAAAAUGUGAGGCAUGUCUGCGAAAGGAGUGUGGAGAGUGCCACUUCUGCAAAGACAUGAAGAAGUUUGGUGGGCCAGGGCGAAUGAAGCAGUCCUGCAUCAUGAGGCAGUGCAUUGCUCCUGUCCUGCCCCACACAGCAGUCUGUCUCAUCUGUGGAGAGAUUGGAAAGGAGGAUACUGUGGAGGAUGCAGAGGAGAAGUUUAACCUUAUGCUUAUGGAGUGCUCCAUAUGCAAUGAGAUUGUUCAUCCUAAUUGUCUCAAGGUUAAAGAUUCAAAUGGAUUAGUCAAUGAUGAGUUGCCAAACUGCUGGGAGUGCCCGAAGUGUAACCACGCGGGCAAAACAGGGAAACAAAAAAGGGGGCCAGGAUUCAAGUAUGCGUCAAACCUCCCUGGCUCCCUUUUGAAAGAACCACGAUUAAACCGGGAUCCAAAGGAGGUGCCAGACCCGGCCACGGUGGCUACAACAGACAAUACAGACGUAACGACCACAUCAGCUGUGAAGAGAAAGGCAGAACAGGAAGUAAUCUCAAAGAAGAGUGAUGAGGAGCCUCCAAAGAAACGUCCGCCCCCGCUGUCCCCGGAUAGCACGUCUAGACCAAGGCUUGAAGACAAUCCACUGAGGAAAAAGAGGAAACUUUUUGACACCAAUGAUGAACCUGUCAUUGUGAAAAAGAGGAAGAAGCCCUUAAAGCCAGAUGAUCCAUUCAGUUUGAAACUGUUGCGGCAAAUCAAGACAGAGAACGAACAUGAUGAUUAUGACAAGGAGCCAGAGGAUGGGGAAAAAGAUGAACUGUCCUUGGAUUGGAUGUAUGUUAAAGUGAAAAAAGAGUAUGAUAAAGAGUUUGAAGAAAAGGACAACGAACCAGAGGAGACUGGAACAAAAAAAAGAGGCACUGGUAUAGAGGACAAAGAGAAAGUACUUUCAUGUCCCCUGUUGAGGACAUCCGCAGCGAGAGGAAGUGAUCAUUUGUCCUCCAACUCACCUAGAGCUGGACCAAGCAGUGAAUCAGGAGACUUUAAGGAAAGUAGCUCUGCUCAGCUCAAAGCUCGCCAUCAGCGCUGGUGUCUUCCUAACAAAGAGUUGAGCAAAGAGAUCAGUCAGGGUAUCAAGAAAGAAGAGUAUUUGGGCAACCAGAAAGAUGGUUCAGUGAAGACAGAGGACAGCUCAGUCGAUCAUAAUUGCAGACCAAUUAAGACUGAAUAUUCUGUGACUAAUCAAAACUGGAAACCAUCUACUACUCACAGCCAUAAAGGUGUUAAAAUUGAGGAUGGCGUAGCAAAUCCAAACAGACUGCCUCUCAAAACAGAAGACUGCUUGACUGAACAGAAUCAUUGGCCGAUAAAAACUGAGCCAAAACUAGAAGAAGAAGAUCAGAAGCCUAGUCGCCCUCUUAAUAACGGCAGCAGUGACCUGGGUGAGGGGCUGCGACACCGGGGGCCGGAGGGAAAUGGAAUAAACGCAUCAGUCACACUGAUACAUCCACGACCACUCCUACUACCAAAAUGUAUCCAAAUGGAGCGUCACGUGAUCCGACCUCCUCCCAUCAGCCCUUCACCUGACAGAUUACCUCUGAAUAACGGGGAAGCACACAUGAUGCAGCGAGAGACUUGGGUGGCCAUAUUCAGUCACCUCACUCACAGAGACCUCUGUGUCUGCAUGCGUGUCUGCAGAACCUGGAACAGAUGGUGUUGUGAUAAAAGGCUUUGGAAGCACAUCAACCUGAACCGUUGUAAGUCCAUCACACCUUUAAUGCUGAGUGGGAUCAUCCGAAGACAGCCAGUAGCUCUCGACCUCAGCUGGACCAAUACCUCCAAGAAGCAACUCAGCUGGCUCAUCAACAGACUUCCUGGUCUGCGUGUGUUACUUCUGUCAGGAUGCUCCUGGGUGGCCGUUUCUGCUCUUUGCACCUCCAGUUGUCCACUCCUGCGAACGCUGGAUGUUCAGUGGGUCGAGGGACUGAAAGACGCUCAGAUGAGAGACCUGCUGUCACCACCCACAGAUAACAGGCCAGGUCAGUUGGACAACAGGAGUAAGCUCCGUAAUGUGGAAGACUUGCGUCUGGCAGGGCUGGACAUCACGGACACUUCUCUGCACCUAAUCAUUCGAUACAUGCCCCUGUUAUCAAAGCUGGACCUGAGCUACUGCAACCACGUUACCGACCAGUCUGUCAACAUCCUGACUGCUGCAGGGACAACCACCAGAGACUCACUUACAGACAUCAACCUGUCAGUCUGUAACAGGGUCACCGACCAGUCGCUGACCUAUUUCAAACGCUGUGGAAGCAUCUGCCACAUUGACCUGCAAUACUGCAAAGAGGUGACCAAGGAGGGAUGUGACCAGUUCAUCGCAGAAAUGUCUGUUAGCGUGCAGUUUGAACUGGUAGAGGAUAAACUGCUGCAAAAGAUCAGUUAAGUGGAAAGUGGGAAACUUUGUAAAAAGCAGUGAAACUACUGUCCACAUGGAGGCAGCAGAUGACUGUGUUAUAUAGAUACAGCAUAAACACAAGGAUAAUCAAUAUCCCUGUAAAAAGUAUUCAAAGGAAACCUGGGCUGCCAAGUCAGGAUGUAAAAUGGAAGUCUUGUUUUGUAAAGGCAAUACUACAAAGUGCAUUGCUGUUGCACCUGUUUCUAAGUUAUUUAUUCUUAAACUGAUUUGGUAUUGUACCACAGUUAUCCUGUUGUUUAUGGAUCAUUCUUUGUUCCAAUGCAAAUUUUAUUGCAUAAUAGAUGCCUAUUUUUGUAUCAGAAAUUGUUUCAUACAUGUGCAGUUUUAAAUGCAUUAUUGCCAACAAAUGUUUUUUUGUGUGUGGCCUUUAAAAAAUAAAAAAUAGAUAUGUAUAUUUUGUUUUCC